AUGGAGGUGGACGGUGAUGGAGACGCGCUAUUCGCGCAGGCGUUCCCUGAAAUUUGCGCCAAUAUUUGCCGUGAGCUGGAUGUUGUCGACGAGCACGACAUCGGUGGUGGAGUAGCUGCCGCUCGGGAAACUCCGUCAAAAGUUUCUCAGAUCCUGAACCUUGGACCAGUCCCCUGCUGCGAUCAUUCUGAAAUACUCAUGAUCACCAUGACGCUGUCUGCCCUCCCUCGCGGCAUCCCUCGGUUCGAUAUCACUUGGCGCAACUCUCCGAUGGGUGAAUCCGGCAGCGGUCACAACUUCCUGAAUACUUCGAUCAUUAAUCAUCUCCGCCGAACGGGCACACAGCUGGUUGCGUCCUCGCUUUUGAAGUCGAUGAUUCUUAUCCCUCGGUGCAGCACAGAUUCUUCCGACAAUUCUGGUUGGUGGUCUCGAUUUCCAAUGCUUGGUGCAAUCAUACCAGCGUCUAUCGUGCCGAACACCCCUCGACAACGUGAAAUACACGUGAAGCAUGACCUGAACCCUCAACCUCUUCUCUCCCUCUCAGUCAAACCCCAUCCACAGUUCCACUCAUUCUCAAUUUUCGAUGCUGCGUGCCUCGUCAGCGGAAAGAAUCUUCAAGUCCCUUCUCAGCGCCUUCCUGCUGGCAUUUACGUGUCCAUCAAUGUCGACUCGAGGGGACGCUGGAAAUCAGCCCUCAAAGUCCUAUCAUCCGAAAAAUCAGUAGUGUGGGGCGAUACUGUGACCUUAUCAUCGCGGGCGUCACAUGUAUUCUCAGUGGAGAUCAGGGCGUCCUAUGAGGCCGAUCGAAUGCUAGGCAGUGGAGAGGCCAUUGGGAAACUUCAAUUGUCGUGGGAUGAGUUACUCAGUCAUGGAGAUGAAUCUUUUGAUAUCUCCUUCCUACCUGUUCGUGAUGUCCACCCUUCCCUCACCCUGAAGAUUGCCGUUAUGCAUGCUUGCCAAAAUCAAAACAGCGCACUGUCUGGUUCCCUCAUAGAUUGCGAGAUUGGUCGAGACACAGAUGCGGGCCACGCACGAUUGGUUGAAUAUGUGACAAGCGAGAAUGUCUCUCACUUGAACGCUGCUGUAGAACAUCUUCAGUUGGUCCUGGACCAGUGUCCGGUCAGCCAUCCAGACCACGCGACGGUUCUCACCAACCUUGCGUAUGCGCGUCUUCAAGGAUAUAUUCGCAACCACCUUCAAGAUAAUGAUACUACCACUUCUCUCUUCCGCGACGCCCUUGCAUUGCGUCCGCAGCGCCAUCCCGAUCAUCCCUUAUCUCUAUAUAAUCUCACCGCAGCGCUGAUUUGGCGCCACAAGAAGAACAGUACUGCUGCCGAUAUCCGCGAAGCUGCCCAGUUCUAUCAUGAGCUACUACCUCUCUGUCCAGAAGGCACCUACCUUCGUAGCAUCGCGGAAGGCCCAAAUGGUGUCGAUUAUGUGAUCAGCGCAUUCAACAAUCUUCCAAUAGCAUCUGAUGAAGGCAUCCACCUUCGACGAGUCGUCCUCAAGCUCUGUCCUCUGGGCCAUCAACUCCGUCCAAGAGCACUUCACAAACUUUCAAUGGCUCUCAGAUCACAUUUUACACAACACGGCAACAUUGAUGAUCUUGACACGAGCAUACAACUCGAUCGUGAAGCCAUGUCUCUGUACCCCGAGGGCCAUGGUGACUACCUGAACAAUUUGGCCCUCUCACUCGUGCUCCGCUUCGAGCACCAAGGCAAACCUAAUGACCUAGAUGAGGCUAUCUCUUUGCAGGAAGAAGCGCUGCGCCUGCGCCCUGUUGGGCACGCAUCUCGUGAUAUCGCAUUGAGCAAUCUAGGGCUCACCCUCAUCACCCGUUUCUACAAACGCGACGACAUUGAUGACAUCACCCGAGCUGUCAGCCUCUAUCGCGAGGCACUGACGUUGCGCCCACCUGGGCAUCCACGUCGUGACACCACACUUAGCAACCUUGCCACUGCCCUCAACAUCAGAUACCACAAAUCGCAUGUGAGGGAGGAUCUUAACGAGGCCAUUGAUCUGUAUCGCGAAUCCCUUCAGUUAAAGCGCCCUGACCGUCCAAAGCACCAUGUGACUCUUCGAAAUUUGGGCUCGGCGCUCUGCUCUCGUUUCACGCAGACUGGAAAGAAUGAAGAUGUUGAGGAGGCCAUCAACCUCUGCCAAGAAUCAUUGGCGGUUCUGUCUUCAUUGCACCCGGCCAUGUGUUCCAGCUACAUACAGCUGCAGAAGGCAUAUCUGUUUCCAUACCAAAUGUGCUUUGAGCUUUUCGACAGCCACGUGAUGACGCGAUCGUCGAUCAUCUCACGGCGUGAGGCAGCAGCCGCUUUUGGUGGUGCACAGUCACUUCCUGUAGAUGCAGCCUCAUGUGCCAUACAUCGUGACAAUCUACGACGGGCAGUCGAGCUGAUGGAACAGGGCCGUGGCCAGCAGUGGUCGCUAGCAUCGCGGCUCAGGACGCCGCUCGAAGACCUCGAGUCUAUCAGUCCCGCACUAGCUCAUAAGUUCUUACAUCUCAGCAAACACCUGUCCGAUGCUCAGUGUUCUGUAGCCAGCACAGACGGAGUUACUGCUGAUCGGGCGGCAACAGAGUAUAGGAGACUUACAAGGCAGUGGGAUGCUGUGGUAGCUGAGAUACGUGAUCUUCGGGCGUUCUCGCGGUUCCUGCUCCCACCAUCCUACGAAGACCUGCAAGCAGCAGCACGCUAUGGCCCGGUCAUCAUUCUCAUCGCGAGUCAAUACUCGCGCAGCGCCAUCAUUGUCCCGAUGUCAGGAGACCCCCAUCAUGUUCCCCUGCCGUCUGUCGCUCUCGCAGAGUUGAUCAAUCUCAAGGAUCGCUUCGCCAGGGCAAUACGAGACGCAUCCAAAAUGGGCCCCAAAGUGCCGCGGAACGAUCUAAUAGUCCUCUUGCGGACAGUAUGGGACGAAAUCAUGCUACCCAUCGUCAAUGUCCUCCAGCAUGGUCUGAAACUAAAAUUCCACUCUCGAAUCUGGCUGUGUCCAACUGCAGCUUUCACAUCCAUUCCUCUCCAUGCAGCUCACCCGUUUCGAACGAACGCAGAUCGCUCUAAGGAGCCAUGUCUGGAAGAUCUCUACAUCUGCUCUUACACGCCGACACUUUCGGCUCUGGUCAGGUCUAGACAGAUGAUGAAGAGGCGUGUCACUCCGUCCUUCGUGACAAUCGGACAGGGUCAAACGGGUGCAGGGAAAGGCAAGGCACUCUUGGCUGUCGACAGCGAGCUCGAGCUUGUUCAUAAGCUCGCCCCUGCGACGAUCAACCGCACCACUAUUUCAGGCGACACAGCCACACAAGCAGGUGCACUCGAAGCUUUGCAGCAGAACACCUGGGUGCACCUCGCUUGUCAUGGCAAGCAGGACCGUAUGCAGCCUUACCAUUCGCAUUUCGUCAUGAGAGACGAACGUCUUACGCUGCUCGAUAUCAUGGAGAGAGACAUUCCGCGCGCCGAGUUUGCCUUCUUAUCCGCUUGUCAUACCGCCGUUGGCGAUGAAGAGACGCCUGACGAAGUCAUUCAUCUUGCAGCUGGUCUCCAGUUUUCGGGGUUCAAGAGCGUCGUUGGCACGCUGUGGGAGGUCGACGAUUCUGUUGCAAAACACGUUGUCGAAUCUUUCUACGAGAAUAUGUUCAAAGAUUUGAAGGAUGAUAGUGUCAUGGACUGUACGAAGGCAGCUUGGGCACUAAACCGUGCUACGCACGCCGUGAAGACUAAAGUGCCCCUCGAGCAGAGGAUGGUUUUUGUUCAUAUCGGUGUGUAGUUCUACGUCGUAUUGCUGUCGUCUAGUACGUAUUCACAAGUUGAUAUGCGAUCCUCUUUCGUGAUAUCCUGUUGUAUAAAUGACC